AUGGGCGAUCCUGGCUUCAUCCCUGGAAUGAUUGGAUACGCGAUUCAUUUAGCUGCAAAUCAAGUUAUUCAACGCAUCAAUGUUGCCAUCAGAUGCAGGAAAGAAUUGGAUGGCCUCAAAGAUCUGAUACUCAAAAUUAAAUUAAUGAACAUGGAAAUGCAGGAAUAUCGAAAAGCUUUGAACUCUGGCAGCGCGAGUACAUCCUCUGAUCCUGCUUUGCCCUUCACAGUCAAUACUUGGUUGAACGAAUUGAAUACUCUUCUGGAUGAAGCAUCUGAUUUGGCCCAGCAGUGCACUGUACACUCAUACUCUCAUCUCUUUCCUCGUUAUAGAACAACCAGAAAGAUCAGGCAACUCAUUGAAAGUGUGGAGAAGCAUCUAGCCUCCACGCCUUCUGUUGCUUUUCUUCAUCAACUACAGCAGCAUGUGUCCAAUCAGGAAGCGCUUAAGCAGAUUAAUGAGAGAAUGGAUUCACUUAACCUGCGUACUCCAGCACUUGCUGGCACAUCUGGAGAUCUCUUUCCAUCUACUUCUUCAGAUGCUCCCAACACGAAGUAUAUUGAGGAGGCACUCGUUGUCGGACAAGAUUCUGCAUCAGCCAGAAUGAGAGAGCUGAUUGAUUCACAGCAGCACAAAAACGUGUCUCGUUUCGGCCUUGUUGGGAAAGGCGGGGCCGGUAAGACUCUACUACUCAAACGACUCUUCAACAGUGACCAGGUACAGACUCUCUUUUGCAAUGACUUGAUGCUUUGGCUUAAUGUUUCACAAACUCCAUCUUUCAAUGCUCUCAGAAAUGAUCUUGUGAAACAAAUAGCUCUUAAAGUAAAUGAAAGAUUGGAAAGUAGAGAGGAAGACCGUGUGAAAACUUGGUUGAAUGAAAGCAUGAGAAAAAGAAAGUUUGCCAUGUUUUUAGACGAUGUUUGGGAAACAAGUGCAACAUCCUUGUUAGAGGAGCUGUGCGUUCCUCACUUUCCAUGCCACAACUCGAACAUCAUCAUUGCAACCUCCAGAAGUAAGAGCGUGCUCUCACAGUUGGGUGUUCCACCUUCAUCGGUCAUCGAAAUGCAAGACUUGACUGAGGAUGACAGUUGGAGAUUGUUUUCUUCCCAUGCUUUUCCACACAGUAAUGGCGUCUUGCCCAUAAGCAUUAACCAGGAAAAGGCGAGGCGCGUUUGCAAGGAGUGCGGGGGCCUUCCAUUAGCCAUCAAAGUAGUCGGGCAGGCAAUGGCAGGCGUUGCUCAGUCAAAUGAAUGGGAAUUUGCACUCCAGAAGUUGCAGAAUGAUGUAAGGCACUCGCUUUCAAGCAAGUUGAGACUAAGCUACGAUGCUUUGGCCGACUUCACUGGCUAUGGAAUUUCCCUGCAGUUGUGCUUCCUCUGCCUUGCCGCUUUCUCAGAAGAUGAAGUCAUCCAUACUGGAAUCGCUAUCGAGUACUGGAUUGGAGAAGGGUUGGUGGCCGGGCCGGAUCCUGUCCAAAUUGGGGAGAUAUACGUCAAUUUAUUAGCGGACCGUUGCCUUAUUGAACCAAUCCAGAAGGAUCACGACGGAAAGGUGAUCAAUUUCAGACUGCAUGAUGCAUUGCACCAUUUUUUAGCACACCAAAUUGCUGAAAAGGAAGAAAAAUGCUUCUUUCAAGCACGCAAAGGUUUAGGAGAGUUUCCUGCCGAUGAUUGUUGGGGAAACAUCAGAAUUUCGUUAAGGGACAACAGUUUGACCAAAGUUCCAAAGGCUUUCGGAGCUCCCUAUAUCCGCUCCUUGCUACUGGCUGGCAAUAAUUCUUUGACGGAAAUUCCAAAAGAAGUAAUUGGGAGUAUGACCGCUCUCAGGAUUCUGGAUUUGUCACGGACUGCCCUCCAGUCGUUGCCCAAAAACUUGGGAAGUUUGAAGCAUUUAGUUUGUCUCACAUUGUGCGGUGUACCAAUCAAGCGACUGCCCCACUCUAUUGCAGCCCUCAUAAAUCUUCAAAUAUUAGAUCUUUAUCAAUCUGAUAUUACACAACUCCCAUCCAGCAUUUUAAAGUUGACUUCCCUACAACUUCUGAAUGUUGCUUCUUGUCAAGACCUUCAGUGCAUGCCUUAUGGGAUCUCAAACCUUAGGUCUCUGAAGUACCUGAACAUGGGCGGUUCUCGGAAUAUAGGGUGGAAUAAGUGCAGAAGAGGCCGGCUUUCACUUAAUGAUUUGGGCACCCUAAACCAACUCAAAAGGUUGGCGCUUACAAAUAAUGGUGAAAUAAUUCGAGAAGGUGUGCUCGGAACCAUGAAGCAGAUGGAAUCUCUAUUUUUAGAUCUCACGGAUAUGGAAAAGCUUCCCAGUGACAUGACUGCCAUAUCAAAAUUGAAGAAACUCUGGCUAGUGUGUCCUCAUUUACUCCAAAUAGAAGAUUCCUUUUGUGAAUUUCAAAAUUUGGGCUACAUUUGUUUGUUCAACUGUAGCAUGUUGAAACAACUACCUCUGUUGCACAAACUUACGAAUCUAAAGCACCUACAGAUUGUUGCUUGUCGCAACAUAGAGAAGUUCCCAGAGGAAUUUGGCAACGAAGGAGCAUUUCCCAAGCUAGAGGUAUUUUCACUGGUGGAGGUGGAGAGGAUAGAGCAUCUGACAAUAGUGGAAGGAGGAGCACUGCCUUCUCUCAAAAUUUUGACAGUAAUGAAGUGCGAAUCAUUGCAGAGGAUACCACAGUGUUAUUGGAAUUUGAAGAGUGUAGAAAAGAUAAGAGUGUAUGGUUGCUCAAAGGUUCAACUUGUCAUGAAAGAGGAGGAAAGCUUUAUCAAUACAAAGAGCAAGGUACAAACAAUAACAUUAUCUACCACAGAAACUAAAACAUCAGAAAAGCGCUACAAUGAUAUCCUUCGUCGGGGUGAACAUUUUUAUUACGGUGAAUUUUGGUGCAGCGAGAUGUUUCAGUUUUUAGAUGAAAUUAAUCGAUUUUGGUCUUUAUAUAUUUUAUGCGAAAAUAAUCGUAUAUAA